UCAGUUAAGCUUAUACGAACAUUCAAACGGUACGGAUCGUGAUUUAAACAGACGAAACUCUCUUUUGCGAGAUAUGGAGGAUUCUGUUCCAUGGAAUAAACGAGAUUUUUUACCCUUGAUAUAUUUUAAAAUUUUAUGGAAAAUCGAACAUUUAUAACAACGUGAACAACGAUACACUCAAAUAUAUUCCUUGAUAAUAUACAUUAAUAUAUUAUUAAUACAUCAUUAGUAAAUAUUAUUAGCCAAAAAAAAUUUAAAUUUGUUCUUGUGUUAAUUAAAUGAUUAAUUAUAUUUGUGAAAUUUUUUAUAUUUGUACUUUUUUAUAUUUAAAAUAAUGUAGUUUUAUGUGUAUGAUUAUUUCUUUGUGCAUAAUUAUUGAUUGUGGGACAAUUUUAAUUUCGUCGGAAAAUUUAAUGUGAAAGAGGAAGAUCCACGUGCAUCAAUCUGAAUCAAUACAAUCAUCAAGUGCUAGAUUCUUCAGAUCAUCUGAAACUAUUAAAAUCUUUCAACUCAACAUUUGAAUGCUUAUAGCAUUCAAAUAAUCUUAUUAAAUUAAAUUAAUCUUAAAAAAUAUUUUAUUUUAUCGAUAAUAAUAAAUUUUAAUUUUUAUUGAAUAAAAAUGAUAUAGUAUUCACAAACUUUUAACUUAUUAUAAAUUGAAGAUAUUUAAGAAAAUUAAAACUUUAAAUAAAAAAAGAAAAAAGAAUAAGCGAAGUUUUAAAAAAAAAAUAAAAAGUCAUUUUUUAAAAGAAGAGAUAAAAGAAGUUUUCAAAUUAGAAAUUAAAUAUUUGAAUUGAUCUAUCGAGACAAUAGGUCUGAAGACCUCUUUGCGACAAGAAAUUAUUAUUUCCGGCGAAACGGAUUCAGCGAGAGAAAAAAAUUGCUUUAGAGGCAAUUCCCCGAAUAGGAAAACUACGGGGAUUUGGAGACGCAAACGAAGAAAAAUUAGAAAUAUCAAAGAAAAAUGGCAUACGACGAUGUUAUACUUCAAAUGGGAGAAUUCGGCCACUAUCAGCGCAGAAUUUACUUGUUGCUUUGUUUACCAGCAAUAUCUUGCGCUUUUCAUAAAAUCGCUGGUGUUUUUUUGAGCGCAAAAAUGAAUGCCCGAUGUUUGUUACCACAUGAAAAUUUGGAGAAUGCCACAUAUUUUUUAUCUCCACACGUGAUGAAUGCGAGUUAUCCGUUAGAUUACGAUCAGCAAGAAUUAUUACAGUGUUACAGAUUGGAUAUUUUUAAUAUUUUUAAUGAGACAAUGAUUAAUAAACAUGUCAAUACAGAUGAUUCAUUUAAACCAUUUAUUUCAAAUACUGUUAAUAUUCAAGAAUUGAAGCCAUGCGAGACAUAUGUCUAUGAUAGAAGCAAAUAUAAAAGUACCACUACCUCUGAGUGGAAUUUAAUUUGCGACAAGGCAUGGUUAAGAGCUACGGGGGAUUCGUUAUUCAUGGUAGGAGUUAUGCUUGGCUCGAUGAUUUUUGGUGCUUUGUCUGAUAAAUUUGGACGUAGACCAAUUUUUUUCCUGUCUUUAGUUAUACAGUUAGUUGGUGGUAUACUAGUCGCAAUUUCACCCGAGUUUAUUUCCUAUGUAAUCUUCAGGUUAAUAGUAGGCUCGACUACUAGUGGAGUUUUUUUGGUAGCCUACGUAAUAGCCUUGGAAAUGGUAGGUCCAAGGAAGCGUUUGGUAGCUGGAGUUGGCUGUCAAUUAUUCUUCACAACUGGAUAUAUUCUAACUGCUGGUUUCGCAUAUUUUAUAACUGAUUGGAGAAUGCUACAAGUCGCUAUCACUGUACCUAGUAUUGCAUUUCUUUUUUAUUGGUGGUUCAUUCCUGAAUCCGCUCGUUGGUUAUUAACAAAAGGUCGAAUUCAAGAAGCAAAAGAUCUUCUUCAACGAGCCUCUUCAGAAAAUGGCGUAGAGAUGCAAAGUGAAGCUCUAGAUACGCUUCUUAAUAAUAAUAGUGAAGAAAGUGCACCAGAUUUUAAGAAACCAUCAUUAUUUGAUCUUUUUCGUUAUCCAAAUUUAAGACGAAAAAGUAUUCUGCUAUUCUUUAAUUGGCUUGUAAAUAGUGGUACAUAUUAUGGACUAUCUUGGCAUGUGUCUAAUCUUGGUGGCAAUGAUUAUGUUAAUUUCGUUAUUUCUGGACUUGUUGAAAUACCUGCGUAUACAUUUUUAAUCUUCACAUUAAAUCGUUGGGGUAGAAAAAUCAUCUUAUGUGGAUGUAUGCUAAUAUCUGGACUUUCAUUGCUUGGUAUUUUGCUUGUACCUGUUGAUUCACAAUGGCUCAUAGUAUGUUUAGCAAUGAUCGGUAAGCUCACGAUUACAUCGUCAUAUGGCGCUAUUUAUGUUUUUACUGCUGAACAAUUUCCUACGGUUAUUCGAAAUGUUGGUCUUGGAGCAAGUUCAACUUUUGCACGAAUUGGUGGUGUAAUUGCUCCAUAUGUCAUUCAUUUGUCUGAAAUCUGGAUGCCUUUACCAUUUGUUAUUUUCGGAUCGUGCGUACUUUUUGGUGGAGUAAUGUCGUUACUCCUUCCAGAAACAUUAAAUAAAAAGCUUCCAGAAUCUAUACAAGAUGGCGAAUUAUUCGGAAUGAAAUCGAAGAAAAUAAAAAAGCAACAAUUAGAUAUAGAACAACUAAGUGAAAUUGAUAUAAUAAAACCACUAAAACUGCAAGAAAAUGGAAUUCAUGAAAAGCAAAUUGGAUGACAUUAAAUUAUAAGAAAAAUACCAAUUAUGCUCAAAGUAUUUUUGUCUAAUCAUAUUUCAAUCUAAACUAUAUACAUUAAGCAUCAAGAAAUACAAUGUAUACAAUUCUAUGUAUACAAUGUAAUCAUUUACGUAUCUAAUACAAAAGAUUGAAAUAUUGAAAACAAAAAAAAAUCAUAUUGAUUUUUCAAAUUGUAUUAGUAUUAAUUAUAAUAGUAUAAGCUGCUUUUAAUCAAUCAAAAUACAUAAUAUGAAAUUAAAAAACAAUAAAAACCUUAUUCUUAAGACUUUUAACUUUAAUAACAAAAGUAAAUAAAAAUGAAAAAUAAAAAAUGACGAAAAUAAAAAACUAAUUUUUACAUAUUUCUGUACAUAUAUACAAUAUAAGUAUAAAAUUGUAAUUUAAUAGCAUAUAAAUUCUUAGCCAGCAAACAUUCAUUUACAUGCAUAUAUCAACAUAGCAUAUCAUUGACUUUAAUUUCUGAAUAUUGUUUAUAUAUCAAAUGAUCUCUACUGAUUAAUUACUCUAAUGAUUUAUUUAGAAAAUAUUAUGUGAAUAAUUAUUUUUCUGCAUAAAGAUGAAAAAAAAAAUAUAUAAAGAUUUCAAUAUUUAA